AUGGCCAAAGAGAAGGAGACGAGGAUGACGCCUCAAUGGGUUGGUCUUCUCCUGAGGCGGAAGUUCUUUGGACUCUGCGACGAUCACAAGGAACUGAGGAAGAGCGAGGUCAACAUCUACUGCAUCGAGUGCAACGCCUCCCUCUGUGCCCAUUGCCUGUCGUCGCCUUCCGGCCACCGUGGAAGCCAUGGCUGCCACCAUUUUCUCCAGAUCCGCCGCUAUGUCUACCAGGACGUCAUCAGACUUCAUGACAUGCACAAGUUCGUUGACUGCUCCAAGGUUCAGGUGCUCCCCCCGGUUUCUUCCAUUUUUCAUCUUGUUUUCCCUGAUAUUUUCCGGUCGAUUCUAAGCUUUCUUAUCGUUUAAUCAUCGCGCAGACCUUCAUUGUGAACGGAGCGAAGGUCAUCCUCCUGAACCCUAAAAGACAAGCUAAACCUGCUACUCUGGGGAACAAUGGCGGGCCUUUAUGCUUGAUCUGUCGGAGGCCCGUUCCAGAGCCGAAUCGCUACUGUUCCCUGGCUUGCAAGGUGGAGGAGAAGAUCAAGGUCUUCCUCUCUCAGUCGCUGAUCCUUUAAUUAUGUUAAUUUUGAUACAAAGAAGUUUUUUCGUUUUUUAAUUUAUUUUACACUGUUGCAGUAACUUUCCGUCGACUGAGAAAAAUAGAUCUUGCCACCUCCACGCAGCACCAAGUCAUGUUACAUCGAUUAUUAUUGUAGGGCAUGAACAGAGCUUGCAAUAGUCCAAAGACUUCGUGUUUUUUCUUGAUCGCUUUACCGUGGAUUUGUUUUCUUUUAUUUCUGCCGUCUAGUCAAAUAUGCUUGGGAAUCGGUCAUGUAGGUGAUGGACCUUGCCGCGGGUAGCGGGGGUGACAAUGGCGAAUCCAAGAGAUUAGAGGAGGAGGAAUCGUCGUCCGCAGUGUCGUCUUCCCGGAGGUCGGAUUUGAAGAGCCCCUGCUCUGACGGUGUCUCCGCCAAGGUCCCCUCCGCCGCAGCCAAAAGGAGGGGCGCGAGCAGAAGGAAAGGAAUCCCUAGAAGGGCUCAUUUUUUCUAG